GGGAUACUGUUACUUGUGCUUACGGACCGACAUUUUGAUUGCAUCCUUUAUUUUUGACUGAGGUUUGAGUCGUCGCGUGCCCCCUGGCGGCACAGUCCUGAAACCAAUGACGUCAUAACAGCGCUGUCAGAAAGCGAAACUGAUCUGAGGUCAGACUUAGACAACAGGUAACCCGAGUCUACCACCAAUGGACCAAACUGUGAUCAAAUACAGACAUUGCGGGAGAGACAUUUAUAGUUUUUCGUGUUCAAAUUCUCAUUUUAAUAAACAAAGUGAUGAUUUGAACAGACGCGAGUGUCCGAUCUGUCGUCACACUCUUACAUUUGGCCUUUUAGACGCACCUGUCGCGAUCACCUGCCCUUUCAUUAACGCACAUAAAGUCUCGUGUGCUUUUAUAAUAGGAUCUGUUCACGGACCAUCACAUUUAGGAGAAUGGCAUGACACAGAAAUACACGUGGGACUCACAAAUUCACAAGGUCUGGUUUAUAACUACACACUGUCAGGGGUCCAGAGAGAUGAUCGUGGUUGGGAACAGUGUGUCUGUGUACAGUUGGUCCCACCGUGGAGAAAUGACCUGAGAGAUUCAUGGGACAGAGAACUGAACGAGUUUUCUCUACUCCCAGAAUGGGUUUCAGAACGAUUUCCUGAGGAGAGGGAAUUUGGAUCGUGUUGUUACGGUUUUGCUUUGACCUUCAUAAACCGCAUGCGCUCACUGGAUGGAAAAGUGCCUUUGAGUAGAGAUGAGUUUACAGGAUGUCAUGUUUUACCCAGAAUAAAGACAGUGUCCACAUACAUCAACAUCUACCAUACAAUAUUACAACAUGGAUUUUACAUAGCUGACAAAUUGGAUAACAUGUGACACAAUUGUUUUGUUUUGAUGAAACAAGCAAAAUGUAAAGGUUUGUAAAAUAGUAGGUCUGUAAACACAAUGUUUUACAACUCUACUGCUGUAAGUGCAGUGUAACACUGAAACCACACGUGUGGUGUGAGGUGUUUACAGGAUUCAUUUACAUAUGACAGAUGUGAAUUAAUUACUCAUGACAGGCUGUAAACCUCUAAAUAUUUUAAAAGCUGUUUUAGGCACAUAAUUAAAACAUAUGUUUAAUAAAUCUUUUAAAGUGGAUGUAAUGCAUA